UAACAUUGGCCCCAAGGGAAGCAGACUUUCAGCAAGUUUUGAUGAGGAUAUCUGCCCCUCUGGUCAUGUUCACCUCCCACCAUCCACUUUAAAGCAGACAAUAAACUAUAGAAUCAGGAGAUGCCCUACUUUCUUUUUUUUCAUGUAAUCACUUCAGUCUGCUGAAUGAUAUGAAUGAUAUGACCAUUGGUUAUGUGAUUUCAGUUUAUGUUUCUAUAUAGGUCACCUGUCUCACAAUGAAAACAUUGCACAGGUGUUCUUUCUGCAGACACAUAACCUGGAUUAAUAUUCAUCCUGAAAGGGGCAAAAGUCUUGGGAAAUAAAAGACCAACAUGAGCGAGUCAAUGAAAACUGGGUUGAGCGACUGCCAAGUAAGAAAUCUGAGCAAAGACUCAUUUUUCUUUGCUGUACUUAAAUCAUUUUAAAAGCCACCAGUUAUAAAAAGCCUGCUGUAUCUGCGUGUAAUCCUACCUCUGUUUGACGCUGACUCAGCCACAAAGAAGCUCUGUCACAAGUUCGACCGCACACUAAAGCUACAAAAAAGGUUUCAUGUUGCAGUGAGUACAGCAAAUAUCUCAGUAAACCAACAGCAUGUUUAUUUCCUGUGAUUGAUUAUUUUGAUUUAUUAAAAGGUAGAGAUGUAGAAUUGACAGUAACACACUCUUGGUUUUACAGUAAGCUUCUGCCUCACUACACAUUGGAACCAAGCCUGUUCCUCAACAGAUUGCAUGCUUAGCAUUAUUUCCAACUGAUCCAUCCAUAGUAAAGUAACAAUGAGAAUUGGGUCAGGCCAGUAGAGCACGAGCCAGCUCAGCACAGCAGCUCAAUGUUGACUGACGUUGGGAUCCCUGGUUUGAAUUAACAAGCAAGGUGGACAGGAAAAAUCUGCCGUCUAGACGACUGACUGCUCAUUUACUGUGACCGAAUUGGUCCCUACAAGCCAACUUUGCUUGGCAAAGACCCUGCUCCAAAUAGUUAGAGAAAUAAACAGUCAUAAUCUUAUUUUCAGCUGUCAUUUUUUAGUUUACAGUUCUGAGAAAAAAAGGACUCUCAAUCACAAACAAGAGCAUCUCUGCAGGAGUCUGGCCCCAGUCAACAACUGAUGUGCCACAUUUUAUGGCAAAACUUAAUUUUAGUCACAUGGAUGACACAUAAGCCUGCCGCACAAACAACUUUAUCUUCAUCAGCUGCCUGCAGAGAGAAAACUGAACUUGUGGUCCUCGAUUUUACUCGUGGCAACACCAUCUUAUAAUGUGAAUCCAUUCAGACUGCUCUGAUGUCGCCAGGAACAUUCUGUCCCCGGAGUACAAAAAAUCAUUUGUCAAUCAGCUCUGGGAUGCUCAGAGCUGAUGAAAGACACUGUUUACCUAUUAUGCACAGCAAGCAAGCUAUGGUGACUGAGAGGAUUCAGCUGCUCUGGCCUCUCUUUGACACACAUGGUGCUGGACGGAUGCCACUGAUGGAGGCUCGGAACUUGAAUUAGUUCCCUCAAGGCAGAUUUUCUGAAUAGUUUUACUUUCUCCAAGUCUCUCGCUGAGAAGCAGUGAAAUGUAGUUGUUUGCAGAAGUUUGGGUAGAGACAGCAUCAUUUAUCAUUUAGGGCUUUGGCUACUACUGCUACUCUUUUAAAUCUCUAUCUUUUUGACUAUUUAUUCUUAGAAAUAUGUGCAUGGCUGUUUCCAAUCAUGAGUGAAAGAAUGUGAGAGUUAACUUGAGAUACACCAUGCAAGUAGAAGCAUGGGGGGGACUCCACAUCCUUCUGCAGAGAGUGGGAGGGAAGAGAGGAAAGAGAGGGAAGAGAGGGAAGAGGUUCAGACUGAGGACUGCCUAUAGUCGCAACUGUACAACGUUACGCCCAUCAUGAAAAAGUUGAGCUCUCUUCCGGCGAAAACAAAUAAAACACAAACCAUUGACAAGACACGGAGGAUAAAAAUAGACCCCCGAAACAGAGCGUGCAGGGCAGACGUGUAGCGAGACCACCGCCACGCAACGUUGCGCAACUACAAUACAAAAAACAUGGAAGCAAACACUUGGAUACCAACACUGCCUCAGGCAAUGGCUUUGUCAGAGAGACAAUAUCUUAUCCAGAAGGACUAAUAUUUGUUUUGUAUGUGUGUUUAGUUAGUGUGCCGUUGGUAGGGAGUGAAAGCAGACCCCCUGACCUGAGAAGCGCGCGACCAUCAGGGACAGGAUGUGACAGAUUUUGAAUCCAUGAAAAGUUUCGAUUGAUCCAAGUCGAUUAUAGCGUCGUUUAGUGUGUAAAUAUCCACUGGUCUCCAGCCAAAAGGCGUGUGCUUGAUCUGUAAAGACACCCCAGUCGGAUUUAUUCAGUACCUGAUGUUAUACGGAGAGAAGAGAAAGUGUUUUCACUCUCUCUUUGUAGCUGUGGAGCUAACAUAAAGCUAGUCGCAAAGCUAUCAAGCAGCAAUAUCAUCACACACUCAGCCUGACGGCCUGGACACAAACCCCGUCUUUACAGCUCAAUAUGCCGCCAAACUUACCGGCUUUCUCAUGGUCGUAUCCAACCACAGUGAAAUAGUCAGCCAAUCUAGCCAUGUCUGCUGCUUUUCCCGAGAUAUACCAACACAAUUCAGCAUUUUUCCUUCUUCCAAAGCACAGCCAUGUUUGACAGACGGAGCGGCAGUGCGCUUGCGUGGAGGAGCGGGAGACAUCCAUGGGCGUGGGCCCUGGAGUUUACAAAUACAGCACUGUGUCCCCUACAGAGACCCCCUUAGACGUGGAUGUGGGGAUCUUUACCCAGUUUAUAUCAAAGACAAAUUCAGCAUCGGUUUAAUUCUAUAACUGUGGGGAAACACAGAGGAAACACAGUGGGAGACCUGUUGAUAAGCAUUGUUGUUUAAAGGAAAUAGGGGAGAGUGGGGUAAGAUGAGCCAUUUUUCAUAUUUCGGAUCACUACAUCAAGUUAAUCAUAGUUUUGUCUCAAACUAGUGUAUCUGCAUAUAUUUCAAGAUGUUGUACACCCCUGCAAUCUACAAUAAACUGCACUUUAUAACUGUAAACCAACUUAAAACCUUUCAAGCCUCAAAUUCAUCCAAUAUUGCACUACUGCAUAAAUUAUCUGUCAUAUACUUAUAUUUAUAGUCUGUUCAUAGCCUUCAUAUUUAUAACCAUAUAUAUAAUCUGUUCAUAGCCUGUACAUACUUAUAGUUAUAGCAUACUCAUAACAAUGUUAUAUACCCAUGAUACAGUCAUGUAUAUACCUUCUUCAUACCAUGCACAUUUGUAAACAUAUUUAUACUUGUUAAGCACUUCUGCAUUUCAUUGCUCUGUACUUGCGACAUGUGCAAUGACAAUGAAGUUGAAUUCUAUUCUAAACCAACAGAAUGAGUGUAAACAUAACUGUCUUGAUGUCUUGGAUGUUUGAUAUUCCCUGGGGAUCUAAAACAGCGAUCUGACAACAGCUGCUCCAAUGUGUACUAUAAAAUAUUUGACAGGGUAAUGUGUUCCAUCAAUAUAAUAAAUGGGAUGAAAUCUUAGAGGGGCUUGUAAAGAUGGUGGUGAUACUUCAGCUUGCAUUCCAGGGAUACUUCAUUUGGGGAAGGAUUGUCCUUAAAAGCUCUCAACUUCAACUGUAAUUUAACAACAAAUGUACCAGAGUUCUACUUAUAGUCCAAUUUACAUACCCGACACACAGUUCCUCUUCACAUGAAAAAUCUGCUCCGAUUGCAACACGAAAUUGACUCGCAUUUAUCCCACUGACUCACACAUUUGUUUAACCCAGUUUCACUUCUUGCUUCAAUUUUUCAGUGUGCUUUGACCAAAAAAGAAAAAGAAAAACAUUCUUUGUGUAAUAUCAGACAUAUUUUGUUUUGAGGUUGCCCUCUUACGCAUAAAGCUGUUGUGGUUUAGAUAUGCAGUGUGAGGGACAGGGCAGUAUCAUGUGGUUUGUGCAAAAUAUUGAACAUGACAACAGGAAAUUCUAUCACAAUUAAUAGUACAUGGAAAUCAGCAGAGCAGAAGAUGUGUGUGAGAAGAGCAUACAUAGCACGGUAACUGUCAACAAUAGCAGGAACACAGCAGACAAUUUCCACUUGGUCCUCAUCCCUCUUUGCAGUCACUAUCUCUCUUUCUCUCUCUCUCUCUCUCUCUCUCUCUCUCUCUCUCUCUCUCUCUCUCUCUCUCUCCAACUAUCUGCUUUUGUUUGCUUAGAAAAGAGGACAAAGCCUGAGGUAGUGAAAUAGUUGAAGUGAUGCCAAACCAUUAAGGAUUUAAGUGUGUGCUAUGACACAAGGCUGAUUGGAAAUCAUGGGACCUCAAACAAAACGCUUUUCCAGGUGAUUAACAUCUCCAGGUACAACGUGGCAUGAUAGUUAUUAUGAAUCAUAUGUCAUGUUUAUGCCUUUGGGGUUGACACCCUCUUCUUCCUGGCACAUGUGACGCUAGCUGCUCAGGUUUCCUGCCACACGUACCUGCCUGACCGUGACCUACAGCGUAUAAUAAGGUCUCACAAAAAAUGUCAUUCAUGCUUUGACAGGAACUGCAUGGGGUUGGGGAAAGAUUUCUAUAUAAGGAGCCAAAAAGCAGCGGCAUAAUUUUGUUGUCCUGAUUGCACAAUCUCCUGUUGUAAACUCUGCUAAGGAGAUUACUGCUCUGCCAGAGGCAAUUAUCAUUACAAAGUGCUUACAAAACAUUUGCUAGUUUGCAGCACAUGUGUUCAACAUUUAUGCAUUUGUCUAGGGGAAUUCUGAAUGUGACAAUAUGUGGAACAAGGUCACAUGAGCUAUAAAUAAACUCUAUCAGAGACUUAAAGCAAAAAGGUAUGAAUUAUAGGAGGAUGAUAUGAGAGGAAUGUCAAGUGUUUGUGUGAAAAAAAAAUCAUGUUUAUGACGCCCAAGAGACUUUUUUCCUCCUCACUGUAACUGGAAUAGAAACUAAAACUGAGAGGAGUUUUGUACCCCACCUAUCAAAAUCAUUGAUACACACAUUUUGGAAAUUUCUUCUGUGGAAUUUCUGUUUUUAAAUCCAAAUGGUUUUUCUCAGGUUAUUACAUUAUUUUGUAUUUUAACAUACUGCGUAUGAUCACAAUCUUUUUUGAAUUUCACAGACUGAGUUUCUAAGGGGUGAGAUGAUCAUCUCAUAUGCAGCAACAUGCUUAAAUCUCACUAUUUUCUUGACUGUGAUUCAAUAGGAGCACUUCAAAAGUUACCUAACAAAUGUGUUUUUUUUGGAAGGGAUUUGCGUGUGUUUUUCCCUCAAGGGCGUACUGUCCACAUCUGCCUCAUGAACCCCACGGACGUAAGUGUUCAAGGCUUAAAAGAGUGUUUUUCAAGACUCUGAUUUGAAACAUCUUACUUUCUGUGUUGCUUCACUUAUUUAACAUACUAGCACACAUGGGGACAUAUGUGUUCACGUAACAGGAGAUAAAAGCAGGUACAGGGUGACUCAACGCUCUCUACCUUAUGAAGUCAAAUGAUGUGAGAAGUGAUGUCCUCCCCAGCAGACUUGAUGGCUCUCUCAUUGUUUCACAACAUACUCCUAUGUUUAAAUUCCUGAGACAAAAAUGAAGUCCAAUUACUCGUAAAUCAUGACAGUACAAGAAAGUCAGCAGAACUACUUUCAAAAAUGUCUAAGCUAAUAUUGUUCUAUCGUCAUCGAUUGUUGUUCAAGUACAUUUUUCCAGACUGGUGGAAUUUUUCAGGGGAUAAUUGUAAAAUUCCAUUUUGCAUUUAUCAAAAUAUCAAAAUAAAGUACAUGGUAAGUCAAAUAUUUGACCUGAACAAACAAAUACACAGAGUUUAUUGUGUUUAUAGUUGGGGAAACAUGCUAUAUUUAAUCAGUUACUCAAUGCUUGUCUCAAAUUCCUCAUCUGAAAUUCAUCAGGCAGCGUACUUGAAGCUGACAUGGAACUUCACUGAGUCAGGGAGUGCCCUGAAAAAUGACUGUGGACACAUUUCUCAUUAUUACCAUUAUUAUUUUUUUGCAUUUAUCAAGUUGGACUGAAAAGAAAGUCAACAUAAAUUAUAUAUUACUGACCUUUAAGUUCAAAUACAGUGAGAUAGAUGUUCAAACCUUGUCUUUUGUGACUGUUUAGACCUCUUAUACCUCUUUCAGAAAGCAGUAAGCUGAGAUGAACAUGCUGAACUCUCUGUGCGGCAGCUAGAGACUUACAUAACUAAUGACUUUUGAUUUUCUGACUUUGUAUACACUUCUUUAAAUACAGUAAGCAAGAUUUUUAAAGAAAAAACUUAACUUCAUUUAUACUGAGCUGUUUAAGAGUGAAAGUUUUGCCUGAGUGACAAAAAGGAAACAGGACACAUACAGGAUGUUGCAAUGAACUAAAUCUGUGAACUUUAAAACGACUCUCCUUUCACUUUUCAAAGUUUUUUUAACUUCAAAUUUGAUUUUUAUCCCUCUUUCAUUUUUGUACUCUACAAGCAGCAGCGCAGCUCUGGAUGGGGUGGGGGAAAAGGAUGAGAGCCCGUGUGUGUCAGUCAAUGAGAGCCCCUCCCACCUCCUGUAUAAAGGCGGCCUGUCUGGUGUGUACGAGCUAUUAGCAGAGUGACACAGCUGCCUUACAGAGAGCCAAUUUCAAGAAACCUGUGGAGUACUCUUUUGUAACUACAAGAGGAACUUUUUUAUCCAGCUGAAUUAGAAGAUCACACCAGGUAUGUGCAUUCCACUUCAAAGUAGAUAUUGCCUCUGUUCCCUGCUGAUGGCUUUAUCCUUGCUUUUUUGAGGUCAGGGCACAAGUGUGGAGGCAAGGACAGGUUAUCUGUCUGGUUAUAUAAGCAGUUCAGUUCUUAGCGUGUGCGUCUGUUAAGGAAUUGCCUCCAAGGUGUAAAGCAUCUGACAGUGGCAGAUCAUCAUAAGGAGUUUAAAGGGUGCUAUGUUUUUGCUCAGAUGAUAUGAGUUAGAUAGCAUUUUAAGUUUGUUUGACUUUUGAGCUGAGCCUAUUUUGGACCCUCUCAUUGGUAGACUGUCCUUGGCGUUAUUGGCCAGAGGCCCAAAGCAUGGUUGUAAGUUUACUUAACCGAGCAAAAUCUGACCUUAGCUUAACAUUUCAAAUAAAUGAAUGAUAAGUGCAAGUAAUUUGGCCAGUGGACUUUAGUGUAAGCAAGCAGCAGUCUGGCUUCUUAUGAGGGAAUGUACAUGCAUUCAAACUGUAAAACAUUACUUUAAAACAUGAACUAAUAAGUUAACCAAUGUUCUGUUCACUCUUACAGGAGUCAAAAUGAAUUUCAUGUUCCAGUCCUUCCUCUAUUGCUGUCUGCUGGUGACAGUAGGACACUGCUUGGAACUUGAAGUGAACCCCGAGUCCAAAAAGAGGUGAGUUAUUGAUUGAAUGUUUGAAACAUUUGUGAUGUGACAGCCUGUCAAGGCUUUGACAGCAGUCACCUGUCUCCUGAAUUAUCUUUCUAAGACUAAUGGCCUUUUUUCUUUCCUCUCCCAGACUGAGCAUAUGGCUCGGGAGGAGAUUGAGACGGGAUCUUGACAGUGUAUCAGUAGAGAAGACAGCACAGUUGGAGCACUUUGUCAGACCAGACGAUAUCAGGGAUACUUUGCUGCCACAUUCCAGGUAAGACAUUAACCAUGCAGUGCUGAGAGUGCACAAUCUGUUGUUGAUUUUUCUCAUUUUUUUCUCAUUUUUGUUCAUUUCAAAGUAAAUAAAUGCUCAAAAAUUCUGAAUUGAACACUGAUUAAUUUCUGUCUCUCUUUUUGUUCUUUAGCACUGACAUCAAAGUCCGAACUAAGAGGUCCAAAAACUCAGCCAACCAGCCCAAGAGACAAGGCUGCGCACUGGGCACUUGCACAGUGCACGAUCUGGCACACCGUCUUCACCAGCUCAACAACAAAUUCAAGAUUGGGAGUGCCCCAAUAGACAAGAUCAGCCCACAGGGAUACGGCCGGAGGCGUCGAUCUCUCCCCCCACACAGAGUCACACUGAAGCUGGAGCAGGGCAGGCUGAGGCCCGUGUGGAGCAUAGCUGACUCACAAGUUCACAAGCUGGAGGCUCUUCUCAGACGGACAUGAGCAGGACUUUAUGCAAGAGGAGUCGGGAACAAAAGCGAGGGAGUCAGUGUCCUCACUGUUCUGUUCUGAAAAGAUUCUCGAAAUGCCUCAAACUCUUGCCAAGCUUUUCUCCAGCGCGUCUUUUUUCCUGGCAGGAGGACUGAAUCAGAGCAAGAGCGGCUGCACUGAAUUUCUGUGAAUGCUGCAGCUCGGAGAUGGAGAGAAACCAGCAGCUGGCUUACAGACACUGGAUGGCACGGCUUGGAGCAAAGUGCGGGUAUUACUCUCUGUGAGAAAAGCAGAGUGGUAAUACCUGGAAAAGUGGACACAUCCUCUGGCUUAAAGAAGGAACUCUCUUCUUACAUUCUGGGACUUAACACAUUUCUUCCUCAAGGCCAGGACUUUGAUAAGUGCUAUCCUCCAAGGAUAUACCACCAUGUUCCAAACUGUCAGUACUUGUAUGCACUUUUCCAUGUGGACUUAAAGUCAAAUGAAUCAUCAGGAAAAGACAUCUUCAUUGAAAUGCCAACAGGAACAUGGGGCUUAGGAGCUUAUAUAAAGUUUUGGACACUGUAUAAGGGAAAAUGCCUUAGAUUCUGUGAGAUAUGUGCCAAUCCACAAUGGAUUGAAAUAUACUUGAAAUUGUUGUUUUAUGUACAAAACCAUGUGCAAUCUAUAUUUGUUUUUAUUGCAGGUAUAUGUAUAUAUGAAUUCCUUUAUUUAAAUAUUAUAUGAAAAUUACAUUAAAGUACUUAUGCAGAUAGAACUAUUUUUGUACAGGAAGAAAUAUGUAUGGGCAUUGUAGCUAUUUGUCAUUAUUCUUUUUGCAAACUGUGGUAAUAGGAUAUGUGUUUUAUAGGUAUAUAUUUUUAAAUGUGCUCUAUUUUAUUUGUGUCAAAGCAAUUACAUUGUCAUUCAAUAAACAUUUUGCAUACAAAAUCAA